AUGCAAUCGCAAUGUGGUAGUUACCAAAUUGUAGGAGCUGGGGAAGAAAGAAAAAUGGAUGAAAAGAAAAGUACACAACGAUCGUCCUUUUUCACUAAAAGAACUGCUAUGUUGUUUUUUGUUCUUGCUUGCAUCUUUUUAAAGCACCAGGAUGAUUUUUCAAGACAGGGUGUGAAUGCUCCAUUACAAGUAGAUAAUAUUGUUGGUAGAAAUUUAGCUAGCAAGGAAACAGAAGAAGCAACUCCGCCAGGAAAAAAUGAAUCACUUAAAACAUUAUUUGGAAAGAAGGGCAAAAAAGAAGAGGAAAAAAAAAAAAGUAAGAAGGCAAGUGGAAGUGAAUGUAAGGAGCCCACUGGUGCUGGUAAUGAAGUUGAAAGUGCUGAAGGAAAAAAAGGUGAUGCUACUAUCAUUUUCAGUAAAGACCGAAAUACAGAAGAUCUGCUAUGGAGUGAACAUUCAGUUGAAGAAAUGUGCAAAGAACUCGCAAAAGAGCAAGCUCGUAAGUAUAGGAAGAAACCCACUACUUCUCAAGUAAAAGCAGCGUUGGGCAGGAAAUAUAAUAUCAUUUUAGAGAAGUUAUUAGAGCAGGAGGUUGGAAAGGGAAGGAAUACUAUAAGAGGAGUUAAAAAAUGA